UGACGUAAGCAGAAUGCGACGGCGCUUGGAGCUCGGUGUCUGAGCAGCAGCAGCAGCGGCAGCAGCAGCGGGGAGAGAUGGUCGUGUUCCCGCAGCGGAGCCGCGGCCUGUGGCGGCUCACGGUGCUCCUGCUCUCCGUGUCGUCGCUGCCCGCGGCCACGGCGCUGCUGGAGGGGCUCUACUGCGGGACGGAGGUCUGCUACGACGUGCUGGGAGUCUCCCGGGAGGCCUCCAAGGCGGAGAUCGCAAGGGCUUACCGGCAGCUGGCCCGCCGGUACCACCCGGACCGGUACCGGCCCGAGGAGCCCGGAGAUGAGGAGAACUCUCACACGAAGUUCCUGCUGAUUGCUACAGCUUAUGAGACACUGAAGGAUGAAGACUCGCGGCGCGACUACGACUACAUGCUGGACCAUCCUGAGGAAUACUACCAGCACUACUACGCCUACUACCGCCGCCGCCUCGCCCCCAAGGUCGACGUCAGGAUCGUCAUCCUCGUCACCAUCUGCGCCAUCUCCGCCGUCCAGUACGUCAGCUGGUGCAGCAGCUACAACAAGGCCAUCAACUACCUGGUGACCGUCCCAAAGUACCGGAUCCAGGCCACCGAGAUCGCCAAGCAGCAGGGCCUGCUCAGCCGCACCAAGGAGAAGGGCAAGAACCGGCGCUCCAAGGAGGAAAUCCGCGAGCAGGAAGAGGAAGUGAUCCGUGACAUCAUCAAGAACAAGAUCGACAUCAAGGGCGGCUACCAGAAGCCGAGCCUGUCGGACAUCCUGCUGUGCCAGAUGGCGCUGUUCCCCUUCUACCUGAGCCGCUACGUGGCGUGGUACGCCCGCUGGGUGUACCGCUUCACCGUCUGCCGGGAGGAGUACGGCGAGGAGGAGAAGCUCUACCUCAUCAGGAGGAACAUGAAGCUGUCGCAGGCGCAGUUCGACAGUCUGGAGGAAAACGCCAAGCAGACGUUCCUGGAGAAACAGCUGUGGGUCCGAGAAAACUACGAGGCGUACAGGAAGGAGCGCGAGGAGGAGAUGAAGGUCAAGCUGGCGACCGACCCGAAGAUGAAGCGGUACCGCCGCUGGAUGAAGAACGAAGGCCCGGGUCGGCUGACCUUUGCAGACGACUGACGGCGGCGCCGCCUGUCCAGAACCAACACAGCUGCCUCAGCGCCGGCUCAACGCCCGGCCCGGCCCGACCCGACCCGGCCCGGCGCCGGCGGACUCCAGCCCGGCGGUUUGCAGCCGUCGCUACAGAUGUUUUCCUACAGACGCCUCAGAGUGACUGAAUAAACUGCGAGCUGAAGCUUGAUUUAUUUCUGUAUUCUAACAUUUUUACCCAUUAAAAGAAUCAGAUCCAGUUUA